UUGUAUUUAUUACUUCCAUGCGGCUAAAUUUGAUGAAAUGCAAUCCAUUUGUUGAAAUGCAUCGUCAUUCAUUCCUACUUUAUAGUACAAAGAUAUGAAAGUGAGAGCAAUGUUCAUUCAUAUUUUCCUUAUGCUAUUUAUUUAAUGUGUUUAUAAAAUGGGUGUUUUGGGACUGUGGCAGUUGUUAGCUCCUGUUGGCCAACCUGUUGCUCUCGAAUCCCUAGAAAACAAAAUAUUUGCUGUAGAUAUAAGUAUAUGGUUAAAUCAAGCCUUAAAAGGAUAUCGGGAUUCACAAGGUGGUUCGGUAGCCAACGCUCAUCUGCUUAGUUUAUUCAGUAGAUUAUGCAAGCUUUUAUUCUACAAAAUUCGGCCAAUAAUUGUUUUCGAUGGCGGUUUCCCAGAACUUAAGAAGCAAACCAUUAUUAAUCGACAUCAAAGGAGAGCUGCAGUGAAGCAAACUAGCAGAGACAUUGGUUUAAAAAUAUUAACUAAUUAUUUGGCAUCCAAAAAUUUAGCUACUGUUGGUGGUGAAACAAAUAGUAAAGCUGUUAUACGACCAAAAGAGAAAGUGAGAGAUGAAAUAUUCAUGUUGCCGCCACUUCCUGAUAAUUCAUUGAAAGAAGAAGAAGAAGGUGUUGAUGAUGCAGAUUCUCUUGAAUGGAAAUUUACUAACUUUAGUAAAGAGGAUAUAAAAUAUCUGAAUAAAAUAGAUCUUGAAUCAGAGGAUUUCAAUAAUUUGCCCCCUGAUGUAAAACAAGAAAUUUUAAGCACAUUGAAAGAAAGUAGAAGGCACAGAACCUGGGAUCAGUAUGAAGAGUUACCAAAGGAAUCACAGGAAUUUUCAAGUUAUCAAAUGCAGUGUUUGCUUAAGAAGCGGUCAUUAUCUCGUAAACUUGAAGAAGUUCAAAAAGAUAUGCGAAAAAUUAGUUCUGCUGAUUUUAUUGCCCAAUAUACAAGUGACCAUGUCAUUGGAGAGACAAAUAAGAUAAUGUCAGAUGAUAUUUCCCAUUAUGUUCUUUUAAAAAAGAUUAUACAGAAAAAUGAUGAUUCUGUUAAAGAUGGAAAUUCCAAAAAUAGUUCUUCAGUUAUGUUGGACACAAAGAAUGCUUUUAUUAAAGAUUUAGAGAACAUUGACAUAGAUGAUUAUUCAGUCAGCAAAACUGAUUUAAGUCAAAAUGAUAACAGUAAAAAUAUAAAAACAGAAGAGAAUUUUGAAAGUAGUUUUUUAAAUGAAGAGGAUGUGGACAAUCCUCCUAAAUUUGUUGAAUCAAAAAUAAAAUCUGAAAAAUCAGAUGCAAAGGAAUCAAAAUUAUCACAGCAAUUUAUAGAUGAUACCCUUAGUUCUGAUGAUGAUGAACUUGCAUUAGCUGUUCAAAUGAGUAUGGAACAUUCUAAUGAUGAAAAGACUUAUACUGAUUCAUCCUUAUCUCUAUCACAGAUUUCUGUAAAUGAUAGCAUUGAAAUUUUAUCAGUAAAAUCAAGAAGAAUUGCUGAUUCUAAAGAAAAAAGUACUGUGUGCUUGUCUUCAAGUGAUGAUGAAUUAAUUCCUUGUGAGGAAAAAAUUGAAGCAGACACUAAAAAUUUAUCAUUUGACACUUCUGAAAAGCAAUGUGCUGAAAUUGAAAGUCCUUUAUUUAAAGCUGUAGUAACUUCUAAUGUAGAAAAUGAAAUUUUCAAUAAAAAAUCACAGGCUGAUGUUUCAUGUUCUGUGACUGCUCCUAAAGAAUUUGCAAAGACUGCAAUUAAUGCCAUAUCAUCUAAUUCUCAGAUUGAUAGUAUUUCAUCAGAUGUGUCUAAACAAAUUUCUGUUCCAAAAUUCGAUGAUGAAAUGUCACCAAAACAUGUGUUGAUUCAGAAACCUAAAAAAAUUUCUGCUAAUAACCAGUUUAUUGAUUCAUAUCCAUCUACUUCGUAUGCUAAUUUGCCUUCAUCAUCAUCUGAACUAACUGAAGUAGAGAAAGCCGAAAUUGCUCAAAGGAACUUGCAACUCCAGGAGGACUUGGAAUCUGCCACUGCUUUGCUUGAAGCAGAUAAGGCUAAACAGGAUAGACAGAAUAGGACUGUACAAGAACACAUGGUAGAAGAGUGCAAAGAAUUGCUGCAACUUUUUGGUAUACCUUUCAUUGUAAGUCCAACAGAAGCUGAAGCCCAGUGUGCUUUUUAUGAUUAUCAAAACUUAACUCAUGGCACAAUAACUGAUGACAGUGAUGUCUGGUUAUUUGGUGGUAAAAGAGUGUAUAAAAACUUUUUUACCCAGCAGAAAUAUGUUGAAUUUUACAAAGACCAUGAAAUUUUUACACAUUUUGGAUUAAGUCGGAAAAAGUUAAUCAAUUUUGCCAUACUGACUGGAAGUGAUUAUACGGAAGGCAUAGAUGGUGUUGGCCCAGUGACAGCUACAGAAAUCUUAAGUGAAUUUCCCAAAGAGGGCAUUGAAGCUCUGUAUGAAUUCAAAGAAUGGUGGACUAAGGCUAAUAAGCAUGCACUUCCACCAGAAAACAAGGUUCGUGCAAAACUUAUGAAGUUAGUUCUGUCUGAAAAUUUUCCAGAUGAAAGAAUACCUGAUGCUUAUCUUAAUCCUGCUAUAGAUGACUCAACUGAAAAGUUCACCUGGGGUCGUCCAGAUUUGGAUGCUCUUCGUGAUUAUACAAAAGAACGAUUUGGAUGGAGUAAAGCAAAAGUAGAUGAUGCCCUUUUACCUGUGAUAAAGAAAUUGAGUGAAAGGGACACACAAACUCAUAUAGAUAAUUUUUUUACUGUGAGUUUAAAAAAGCAGACCAAUCUAUUUCCCAGUAAGAGAAUAAUGUCUGCAUUAAAAAAAUUGACCUCUCCACAAAAAGGAAAUAACUGUGAGGAAGAAAACGUAAAAGCUCCAAUUAAACGAAAAGCAAAAAAUUCUGGGAAAAAAACUGUUCCAAAGAAAGUUUCAAAAGCUACUAAAAAUUCCAAAAGAAAAGGGAAAAUUUCAAAACCUCAAGGCCCAGUUCUUAGUGAAGAAAGUUCUGAUGAAUUAUAAAUUAUCAUUAUAAAGUAAUGAAAAGUUAAAUUGCAUUUUUUGACUCAUCAGCUCAAAAAUAGACAGUUCUUGAAAAAAAAAAAUCAGUGGUUAAAAUUCCCACUUAAAAAAAUUAACAUUUUGACAGUUACUCGAUAUUUUAAAUGUGAAUUACAGCAUUUAACACUUACCUCAAAUUACAUGAAAGAACAACUUUGAGUUGUUAAAUUUUUUCUGCCUGUUCUGCAGCAAUAAUAACAGUUCUUAAUAGCAGUAAUCCAAAAAAGCAUAUUCACUUUCUGAGCAUUGAAACCAUAUUUUUUAUGUUUAUCAUGUUCAGUUCAAAAGCAGAUAAUUUCUAUUUAAUUCUGUAUUUUUGAAAAUAUUCACAGAUAAAGCAUUAAGAUUUUCAAUUUAUUCAUUAAAAGCUAAUUUGUUUUACUUUAAUGUUGCAAGAUCAAAAUAAUUGGACACUCAUAACAAAUUGUUAAUACAGAAACUCGCCAGA